UAUUGUGUUUUUAUGCAUCUUUGUCUUUUUGUCUUCUGUAAAAAAAAAGCUACCUCAAUAUCUUUUACGUAUGUAUCUGCUUAUAGAAGACAUGUAUCAUCUUGAAACAAACACUUAAGGACUUACAUUUCCUCAUUAAGUACACUCUACUCAAUCCCUUUUGUACUUUUUUAUUUUUAAGGUGUGAUAUACGUAUGUAAAGUUCCUCAAACAUAUGAGUGCAGUUAUCUUUUUAAGUGUGAGUGUGUGUGUGUGAUUUCAGUCCCAGAGUUUUUGCAUGUGGCCCAGGGUCCCCUGGCAGCUAAAAGCACGACAUUCAACUCAAUUAGUGGCAUGCAUAAUUGAUAGCUGUCUGGGAGUGUAUUUGUAUUUACACUGGAAUUAAAAGCCUCCGGUGUCAGCUAUCACAUCUGAGGAGCUGUAAGUGUAAAUGUGUAUGUGUGUGAAACUGCCCUGGAGAAGUGAAUGUAUAGAGAUGCAUGUGCAUCACAAGGAGCCUUAGAGGAUAGAAGAUUUUUUUUCUGCUGCAGGGAAAACUAAUUCACAGUUAAUCUCUCAGCAGCACGACACAUUCUUUUGGCUAAUAGGUACAAGACGAAUGUACAACGCUGCGUUCACUGCAGCUACUUAAAACUUUGAUUUAGGCGGAUUGGUUACAAAUGCAUCUUCUCUAUUUUCACAUUUUUGGACAAAAGAUUUAAAGAUACUGACCUGUUUUUAUAUCAAGCUUCGUCAGCAAAAUUGAAUAAAUUUCAAAUUAUUUCCAACAAUCAACAAAUACUUUUUACACUGUUCACAUUUUGCGUCAUUAAACCUGCAAAGUUCAGUAUAUUAUGUUGACAUUUGUGUGAAAGAACAAUACAAAGUAGUGCAUAAUUAAGCAUGCAUGCUGUUUCUUCAAUAAUGUCCAAUAAAUGUCAGAGGGCCUUAUGGAACAGCUGAAGAUAAAUUCAACUCAGUUAAACUCAACUUAUUAAUAAUUAGGACAUUUUGAAGCCCUUUAGUUGUACUUGAACGGUUGAAUACAAAAUUUUGAGAACUUAAUUAGUAAGAGAUGUUGAACCCCAGGUAUUCUCCUCCUCCUUCUACUUUAUGAUGGCCUCCAUUUUGUCCAUUUGCUUAAAAAGGAAAGUCAAAGUCCAGACAUACAUAUAAUUGAGAGUCUGUGAAAAGAAUUGGACACUGAUGUUCACAGAUGCUCUCCAUUCAACUUGACCGAGUUUGAGCUAUUUGCAAAGAAGAAUGGGCAAAGAUUUCAAAGGAAUUCAAAAAUACUCUAUAAUUCCUAAAGGGAAGUUUCUGUGCUGCAUCCGUCUCGAGUUUUGAGUCAAGGGUCAAUUACAAAUUCAUACAACAUCUUAGAGAUUUAAAAAAAAGAAAAAGAAAAUGUGGAAAAUGAUGAAUCUUUCUGAUUACUAUUUUUUUUACAAAUAAAAUUCCAAUAAGAUAAACUUUUGUUUGUAAUGUGGUAUAUUGUGAAUGGUGUAAAAAAUUUUGUAAAGUGUGGUUUAUUAAACCACUGAUGAAUGAGGAGAAGAAGGAUUCAGCUUCUAUGCACCACAAAUCUGGAAUAAACAGAAAACUUCCAAACAGCCAAAACACUCAGUGCCUUUAAGUCUAGAAUAAAAACCCACCUGAUUAGAGUUGCUUUUGAAACAUAAUCAGUGAAACAUUAAUAAACAAACUUAUGUGUGACGAUAGCACUUGACAAAAUGAAAUAUUUCAAUUGUUGACUGUUUUCUAUGAUUUUUGUUUUUAUGAAGUAAAGCCCUUAGAUUUUUUACAUCAACCUUAAUUAAACCAAACAGAAAAUCCCUUUAAACGGUGUUACUACGUGAAUAUGAUCCUGAACACAACGUGUCAGACGCCUCCAGCAGACGCCAGUGCGGCAGAGUGCUGAGCAGUCUGAUAACCUUGGUCAAAGUCACUGCCGUUGAGCAAAAAAGCAGCAGCAGAGGGGUGACAAAUGGCCGUGGCACUGAGUUCAUCACCUAUUUGAUUUAGCAAAGAGAAAACCACCAGUCACCUUCCCUCAGCACCGUUCUGCUACCCCUGACUCGAAGUGGAGGAGGGAAAGUGCUUUCUCCUAUUUCCUCCUGGUUUAUUUCCCUCCAGUUCGUGCUUCACUUCUGCUUUGAACCUUUUGCUCUCUCGCUUGUAUGGUCAUCUACGGUUGUUAUACUGCUAACACUGUUUCUCCUCUCUGAGAAAUAACUGUUGCUUACAGCAGAUGCUGCCCUAAAGAUUUAUUAACUUUCAGUUCAUCAGAUUUUUUUGCCUCUCUCUUUGAAGGCUGAAAUCCCAGUAUAAAAAUAAAUUUUUUUCUUGUCCAAAUAAAAUUCUUAUGCCAAAUGUCAUUUCCUGCUGAUCAUUUAGUACUUUAAAUGGUAACUGAACAGGUGUUAGACAUAAUUUAUGCCUCUAUAUUGAGCAGGAUCUUUGUUUUUGAUGCUUUUAAUAUAUUUGAUUAUUUUGCAUAAGAAAUAUAAUAUGUAAAUUGUCAAAUCCUGAGAAAUAGGAGGUGUUCCUUUUCUGUGUUGCUCAAACACGACUAAGGUUAAAUUUGUUGGUCUGAUAUUAAUUCAUCCAGCUGUAAUCUAGUUAUAUUGUAGCUAUUAACACAAAUUAUGUCCCACAGGAUAAAAUGGUUUUUAUGCCAUGGUUUUAAACAGUAUUUUACCUUUUAUAUUGUAAUAAAAUGUAACCCCGUUACCGUUUUUUCCUUACUUGGUUGCCAUAUUGUAUGUUCUGUCUGACUUGCAACACAUUUUUCUUUUUAUAUUAAUUCGCCAUUAUAGGUAGAAUCAGGCUUUUAAAUGAUGUCUAUGUGACUGUUGGCACUACAAAAUGUAUUUAAAAGGGAGUGCCAUUGUCUUUAAAGUCAAAAAGUAAUUUUAAACCACCUUUCUGGCUGCUCGUCACAGUAAUCAGGCUGAUCAGAAUUAGAACAGAAAUUACAAUGUCUACCUAAAUACUGCCAGAAUUUUAGUGUUUUAAAUUACAGUUUUCGUAGUGAAUUGUAAGCAUCUGGGACUGACCACAAGAAGCUUUUAAAUUCCUUGACAGGGUGUCAGUUUAUUAUGUCUUCUUUCCCAGAAAACAUUUCCUCUGGCUGCUUCUUCAUCGCUGGAUACAUUACACAUGUACAAUUUUCUGUCUAUGAACUCAAAUUCAUGUUGCAAGCAUGAAUGUCACUAUGUUUACCCUUUGUGACGAUUCAGUUGUGCUUUGAAGCCAAAGUUUUGGCUUUCCAACUCACGAUUUUCACGUAUUCCUCAAUUUCUAACACGGUAUAGAAUAAAACGGUUGUUAGCUAUAAGCCUGGAAGCUGAGCAGAUUUUAACAUAUGCCUGUGACUUGUAGGUUUUGUGAAGAAGAUCAGAGCUGCUGGAGAAACUGUGAUGAUUGUUGCCAGAGAAUCAUGACAGAGUGAAACUGUUUUAAUGUUGAUAUUGUUCUUCUUAUUAUUUUUUACAGUUUCUAGCAUAGGUCCAUUUAAACAUUUUUAAUCUGUUUUUACAUAUUUAUUCUAACAAAUUGUAACCAUUUUAUUGAAUCUAACCUUCGUUGGUUGCCAUAUUGUUUACUUUUUCUUACGAACUAAGCAAGAACAUCUUAAUCAGUUUUAGAGUUUUUUUUUAGUUUUUGACCAAGUUUUUCUAAUUCCGGCAUGAAGGAGGCAGGAAAGGGAGCAAUAGGAGCCAAGAGGGCGGGGUGGGGUGAGUGGCUUGGGGUCAGAUGAGACAGAGGGUUUAGGAUCCAGUCCAUCCAUCCUUCAGUACUCCCUUGACUCGGAGUGGGCCGGCGGACAAAGUGAUCAUUGUUUCCCAGUUGGCGAAGAGUUUUCCACUCCAGUAAAGGUAACGGGACAUUUUGAUUUCUUACUUUACUGUGUUUACCACAAAGAUGAUUUCACAGCUAAUGAAGUAAUUAGUGAACAUAUGUAUUAUACUUAUUCAAAAUACUCUUUUUUAAAUAUCUUUACAAUUUGUAUUAAUUUAUUUUUAUUUUGACUAUAGAUAAAAUAGCAUUCAUAAUUAAAGUGGCUUUUAAUGCUCCUAAGCUGUAAAUGAGCUGAGAUAAUGUUAAAAAUUGUUUGUAAAUGUUUAUAAUUUCCUUUUUGAUGGCAGACCAUUUCGAAGCUGGCCUUAAACGUUGGCCUAAAGGUGUGAAAUAUCCCGUGACCCCUGAGUGUCCUCCCACAUGAGAGGAAAAAGGGAAAUAAAGUAAGAGCUGAGGAGGAGAGAUCGUUUUGUUGUUGCUCCAAGAUAAGGGGAUAUUACAGCUUGUGGAAAGGAGCUUAUGGCGGAGGAGAGACAUGAUUCACUGGGGAAGAAGUGAAGUGCUUCUUUCUCGUAUAGAUGAGCUUUUAGCCUUCCAGGGAGAACGUUGGCUGCAAAUCGCAGAGGGGGCGGGGUGUCUAUGUGGUGUCUAUUGUGUCUAUGAGAAGAUGAUGUGUGUGUUUACCAGGAGAAAUUAUACAAAACCAACAAGAAGAACAAUUUCUGCAGGGGGGAAAUUAUGCUUCUCCAUCCUGAUGAGUUAAAUAUUAUCUUAUGCACCUCAUACGUUUUAUGCAUGUAAUGAAUAUCAUGAACUCAGGCUCACCGGUAACCGAAUAUAUAUGACAAUAAAUAAAAAUUCAGUGACGAAGAUGCUGAAUUAUUGCAUCUGUUCGUCUGUCUUUGUGACAGAUGCAGUGCAGCUGUAACUCCUCAGUCGGGCACCUUUCAUCACCUUACUGGAGCCGAGUGCUGUUUCCUGACUGGGCCUACAAACCAGCCUGGUCUCCUGGUUCCAGGCAGGUCCAGCUGUGGCACUUCCUAUUGGAGCUGCUGGGCUGCGGCGAGGGCGGAGCCAUCGGCUGGGGGGGCGAGUGGGGCGAGUUUGUCAUCAGGGACCCCGAGAGGCUGGCCAGACUGUGGGGGGAGAGGAAGGGCAAACCACACAUGAACUACGACAAGCUGAGCCGGGCGCUCAGAUACUACUACAACAAACGCAUCCUGCACAAGACCAAAGGGAAAAGAUUCACCUACAAGUUCAACUUCAGCAAACUCAUCCUCGUCAACUAUCCAGGACUACAUUGUGUUGAUGGUUUCUUCCAUCCAUCCAUCCCUCCAUCCAUCCUUCCAUCCCUCCAUCCGUCAGCUGGUCCACAGGGCCCCGCUAUGCCUCCCAUUCCUCCCCUCGGAGAGUGGCCUUCCUCUCUGUGGAGGAGCAGGAUCAUUGAUAGACAGAGCUGCUGGGCCUCUGCCUCACACCCUCCUGCUCCCCAAGCCGCUCCCGGUGCCUCAGCCCCUCCACGGCCCCUUCGCCUUCAUCCCCGCUGCCGCUCGCCCGGAGGUCGGCCAGAGAGAGCCCAGGGAGUCGGGUCUAAAUGCAAAUGGCUGGCUGCACAGAAGCUCUGCAGACUGGGACAUGAAUCCCCACAUAAGCUGGAACCUGUCAGGAGAGAAGCAGCAGGACGACGACAGAGUGGGGAAACAUGCAGACUGAGGACAGGGAAUACAAAUGAAAGACUUUCUUUCAUUAAAUCUCUCCAGUUUAAUUAUUUUUGUCUUUGUUUUGAGUCAUUGUGGCAUAGUUUAGUACCUGUGGAUUAAAAUUCACCACAUUUGAAGACUAUUUAUGGGCUUGGACUUCCUUUUUAAUAGAACUACUGAUAAACCCUGCAUCUUUUAUGGGGUGGCAGGGGAACUAAACUUGUAAACAAUUACCAACAUAGGACUUGUGUUUUGGUAAAUAAAUCAAUGCAC